ACGGAUGAGGGGAGUCGAGUCUCCUGCGCCCCGCCACCCCCGGCGCAGCUCCUGCUGAGCCGCUCCAUCUGAGCCCUGGUUACCAAUAAAGUUCGUUUAAAAAAAUCAUAAUCAUUCGUAAAAGAGCGAAAGAGGGCGCAAGCCAGCCGGGCGGCCCCGCUGGGGAAACUGGCGCGUCGGGAAGAGGCAGCGGCGGCAGCGGUUGCGCCGCGACCAGGAGGAGCCGGUCGCGCCGGGCGGCGGGGCGGCGGCAGGCGGGGGCCGAUUUGAGAGAGAAGAUCUAAUCACCUGGAAUUAGAGUUGGUACGGAAACCAUUUCAACUCCAAAAAUGUUGGAGGAAGAUAUGGAAGUGGCCAUCAAGAUGGUGGUUGUAGGGAAUGGAGCAGUUGGGAAAUCAAGUAUGAUUCAGCGAUACUGCAAAGGCAUUUUUACGAAAGACUACAAGAAAACCAUUGGAGUUGAUUUUUUGGAGCGACAAAUCCAAGUUAAUGAUGAAGAUGUCAGACUAAUGUUAUGGGAUACUGCAGGUCAAGAGGAAUUUGAUGCAAUUACAAAGGCCUACUAUCGAGGAGCCCAGGCUUGCGUGCUUGUGUUUUCUACCACAGACAGGGAAUCUUUUGAAGCAAUUUCCAGUUGGAGAGAGAAAGUAGUAGCUGAAGUUGGAGAUAUACCAACUGUACUUGUACAAAACAAGAUUGAUCUUUUGGAUGAUUCUUGCAUAAAGAAUGAGGAAGCUGAGGCGCUGGCAAAAAGGUUAAAGUUAAGAUUCUACAGAACAUCAGUGAAAGAAGAUCUAAACGUGAAUGAAGUUUUUAAAUAUUUGGCUGAAAAAUAUCUUCAAAAACUCAAACAACAAAUAACUGAGGAUCCAGAACAAAUGCAUUCAAGUAGUAACAAAAUUGGUGUCUUUAAUACAUCUGGUGGAAGUCACUCGGGUCAGAAUUCAAGUACCCUUAAUGGUGGAGAUGUCAUCAAUCUUAGACCCAACAAACAAAGGACCAAGAAAAACAGAAAUCCUUUUAGCAGCUGUAGCAUACCAUAACAUGUUUUAGAGAAGAAAAAAAUUGAAUUCUAUUGUGCAAUUCAGUAAGAAAUCCAUCUGGCUGUCAUGGUAUGUUACAAAUUUUUUAGCAGACUUUGCACCUAAUGGGUCUCUGAAAGUUGACAGACUUAAAUAUAGCUCCACAAUGCUUUUCAGAAUGUAGAGUGAGACCUGGUGGAAAAAUUACUGCCCUAUGGACUUAUUUUCAUUUUUUUACAUUAGACAAAGCCUCUCCUAUUUUUGAGGGAAUGCUGUAAGAAAUGUCAAGAACAGGUUUUGCUGAAUUUUAAAUGCUGGAAAACACAUUGAAAUGCCUAAAUAUAUUGGUACAGAUUUUAAUAGUAUGGAUCAGGGAAAGAUAAUAAGCAUUCUUUUUCUGAAAUUGGUCAUCUAGCUUUUCCAGAAAAUAGUAUUGAAUCUGAAUACUUACAAAAAAUAAUACAGAAAGGUAAACCCUAAAUCUUGCCAGACUGCAUUGUGUAUGUUGGCAACGUUACUUGUGCAAUAUCUGUAUAAUGUAGAAUGUGGAGGUGUGCAUGCAGAUAUCUGGUACUGGAGUGAACUGAAGGGUAUGUGCAGUAUUUAAGGAAAUGUAGAUUCUAAUUAAUUCAUUUGUAAAACCAUUUACACAUUGUGUAUAUGUUUUUAUUUUCAAACGAGAGAUUCCAGACAUAUAUUUUGCAAAAUGAGCAUGAAUUUAAAAAGUGCUUUGUGCCAAAAAUAUCAUACCUACUUUUUAUAGUGCUUUACUAUCAGAAUUUAUAUUGUUUAUAAUAUCUUUUAAAAGUAGUUUUCAUUUCUGACAGGGUAGAUAAAAGAGGAGUGGGAACAUUUUAAUGCUAGAGCAUCUCCUAGGUGAGACUUGUAAAAUCGCUUUCAUGUGGCUGCCCCAAGCGUGGUGAGCUCUUGCCGUCGUAAGGUUACCCAGAGUCCCUAAGAAGGUCCACGGCACCUCUGAGGUCAUUCAGGAGGUCCUGUGAAGUGUGGUGGUGUUUCUAGCGCCUUUUGCUGCUGAGAAUCCAACUUUGAACUUACAAGAUUAUUCUAACCAUUUUUUAAAACGCACAAAAGAUGAUUAGUCCUAAUCCAAAUUAUGGAUUUUAUAAUACCCUGCAACUCUAAAGCAUCCUUUUGUGUACACAUUUUUGUAUUGUAUUUUAAGAUUAUCGCUUAAAAUUUCUAUAACCUUUAGUUUGUAUAGCACUUUCUCAAGAGCUCUGUCAGCACCACAUACAUAAUUUAAGAAAUGAUUUAAUAAGGUAAUCAUGUGUCAGACCAUACAUUUUGUGACUUGGGAUAGUAGCUUUCCAAUUAAGAUAAUUGCAUGAACUCUGUUCAAACUGAUUAUCAUUCAUCAGUGGCUUUGUUUUUAACCUAUAAAUAACCCCUUUCAAUAUAUCUGGUUUUUACAGGAUUUCAAAAUACGUAAAAAUAACUUUUCUUGGAAAAUGUGUCAUGAAGUCAUUUUUCAUUGUUUGUACUAGAUGUUCUAUGUAUUCCUCUUUUAUGUUUUAUCUUUAUUUUUUUGAGUCUUCCAUCUGUACCACCCUCAUCCUCCUGCCCACAUUAAUGUUGAGAACAUAAUAGAAUUCCCUAGGGUGUGUCCUUAAGUGGUCAAGAGUAAAUGUUCACUUUUCACAAUACUGAAAUCGAUCUGGCCUUAUCUAUUUCAAAGUAAUAUAAAAUGUUUAUUUUUAUGUCACCAGUUGUUACCACUCCCAUUGCUGGCAGUGGGAUAGCGGUGGGGGAGAAACUUAGUUCCUAACAGUGGACACCUGCUAGUGAUUCAUCUUUUCUACUCUCUGGAAAUACAGUCUCUUUAAUUUUUGCACAAAAUAUAUUUUGCAGCAAAUACUUACGGUCUUUAUUAGCAGAAAAAUCAUUAUAUAAUGUGUUGGAGUUAUAUUUCAUAUUAA